AGCUGCGGGACAAUGCUGCAGCUAGUGCGGGCCGGGGCGCGGGCCUGGCUUCGGCCCACCGGCUGCCGGGGCCUGAACGCGCUGGCGGAAGAGGCAGUGCACCCGGUGGCGAAGCCAGAGGCAGUAGUUAGCGCGGGUCCCCAGACGCCUGUGCUGCGCAGGUGCGAGCUCCCGCUUCCCGCGACCCGGCGUCCGGUGCAGGCCUGGGUGGAGUCCCUGCGGGGCUACCAGCAGGAACGUGUGGGUCUGGCCGAACUGCACCCCGACGUUUUCUCCACGGCGCCCAGGAUGGAUAUCUUGCACCAGGUUGCCAUCUGGCAGAAGAACUUCAAGAGAAUUAGCUACGCCAAGACCAAGACUAGGGCCGAGGUGAAGGGUGGGGGCCGGAAGCCCUGGCCACAGAAGGGCAGUGGGCAUUCUAGGCAUGGCAGCAUCCGCUCCCCAAUCUGGCGAGGAGGAGGCAUUGCCCACGGCCCCCGGGGCCCCACGAGCUACUACUACAUGCUGCCCAUGAAAGUGCGGGUGCAGGGUCUCAAGGUGGCUCUGACUGUCAAGCUGGCCCAGGAUUACCUGCACAUCGUGGACUCCCUGGAGCUGCCCACCUCGGACCCCCAGUACCUGAUGGAGUUGGCCCGCUACCGCCACUGGGGGGACUCCGUGCUCUUGGUGGACGUAGCACACGAGGACAUGCCUCAGAACGCCGUGGCCGCCACCUCCGGGCUCAAGACCUUCAACCUGAUCCCGGCCGUCGGCCUGAACGUGCACAGCAUGCUCAAACACCAGACCCUGGUCCUGACCCUGGAGACGGUCGCCUUCCUGGAGGAGAAGCUGCUCUGGCAUGACUCCCGCUACACGCCGCUCUACCCCUUCCGCCUGCCCUACCGGGACUUCCCCUGAGCCGUGACCCUGUGCACCUCAGGGCCCGUCGGCCGCCCUCUCCCUGGACCGCUCCACGCGGGCACCUGCUCUGAGCCGGGCCAAGCCGCCAGCGGGCCUGGGAGCCUUGUG